UAAAAAUUGCAAAAAAGCUUGAAGUUUGCUUCAAUUCAAUAGAAAUAAAUAAAUAUUUUCUUUUUUUCUCCAGUUUCAAUUCUGAAAAAACAACUUGCUUUUAUUCACUCAAUAAAUUUAAAUAUAUUGUUGUGAAUAUGGAGAUAAUAGACCAAACACUGCAAUCACAAACGUUGGGAAUUACCAUUGACGAUGUACCAGAUGAAGUGCUGGAAUUUAUAUUGGGAUUUCUACCUCCCUACGACGACCUACAGAAUUGCAUGUUUGUGUGUAAACGGUGGUACAAUUGUUCACAAAAUGUUAUGCGGAAGACGACAAUCACACUUAUAAAAGCAAUUGGAGAGUUUAAAGUUAUAUGGACAAAUAUAACCCCAGUGGAUAUGGCACCAGCGAUUACAAAAAGAUUUUCACAUGCUGCUUGUGUCUUAGACAACUCUAUGUAUGUGUUUGGUGGAUGCACUACUAAUGCUACUGCAUUUAAUGAUCUCUGGCGUUUUGACCUUUCCAAGCGUCAAUGGGUGCGACCUUUGGCUACAGGAACUUACCCAGUCCCAAAGGCAUACACUUCCAUGGUUGGUUAUAAAGACAAUUUAAUUCUAUUUGGUGGCUGGACAUAUCCAUCUCCAUCACAGUAUUAUCAAACAGUUACAAUGUUUAAUGAUAUACAUUUUUAUAAUGUAACAACAAACAGAUGGAUAUUGGUUUGUGCAACCAACAGCCCACAAGCCAUGGCCGGCCACUCCGCCUGUGUGAGGGGAAAUGAGAUGAUUGUAUUUGGAGGUUUGGUCAAAUCUACAGCUCAGCAGAUUCAGUGCUCCAAUGAUGUAUGGGUUUUAGAUCUGGACAGUCUUAAUUGGAAGAAACAAGCCACCACUAAACCCAGACCUUCCCCCCGCUAUGCUCAGUCCCUGGUUUCUCUCGAUGCUGACAGGUUAAUGCUGUUAGGAGGAGCUCAGACUCUACAUAACAGAUUUGUGUACAGUGAUUGUUGGAUACUAACAAUGAAAGGCCCAACUUGGACAUGGAAAGAACUAGCAGUCAGGAAUAAAGAAUGGGCUGCUUCAAAUAUAUGGUGUAAUCCAGCAUGUCGUGUAGGAGACAAGGUUGUGAGCUUAAGUAGGAGUAGAAGUGGUUGGAACUGCGCAAAACCAUUAGUUACAUCAGCUGUGCGGCUUGUGGGCAGACCACAGGGGGCUCCAGUAGCUGCCAGAGUUGAACAAAGCUUGAGAAGACCACUUGAUAGAGAUCAAAAUGUUAAUGGCAAAAGAGGUAUCUUGCCAAGGCAACCAGCUGGUAGACCGGAUGACCCAAGCCCAUCUAAUGAACCAGUGGCAGGUCCAAGUCACAAAGAAGGAGGUCCAUUACUGAAUAGUAGUAAACCUUCUAAUGAAAACACAAGUCCAGAAGCCAACUCAAGUAAAGCACCAGAAACAAAGCAAGGUUUACUAGAGUUGGGCAGCAGAGAGCUAGCUAUAAGAAGACAUAAACAACAUGUGGCCAAGAACAAUGGGAUGAAGAUAGUCCGACAGCUACAGGAAGCUAAUAAGUACAGAAUGGCAGCUUUUGCCUGUGAUCCGCCUAAUGGUGCACCAGAAAAUGAUCUCAUCAAUCAAAGACAAAUUGCUUUAGAUAACCAACAGGAACCUGAGCCGGCACCGGUAGAGGCUCCUCAACAGCCAGCUGUUAAGAAACUCAAACGUAACACAUUGACAAUGCAUGUACUAGACAUAGCUUCAGUAAUAGAUGGACAAUCUUUAAAUUACGUGUCAUGGUUGUGCCCUCGACUUGGUGAAAUGAGAGGGGCACCUGAAGAACUUGUAAUGUACUCAUUGGUGAAAGGAAAUGGUGAACUUAUCAUGUUUGGAGGUGUUCAUAAUGAUAUUAAUAUAUUAAAUAACUAUGGGUCACAUCAAGAUCUCUAUUCUAAUUCAUUGCAUUUCAUUACAACUCCAAGAAAUACAAUCUGAGGCUAUAUGUGUUAUCUUUAGAAUUAAUAUAACUGAAUGUUAAUUAUUACUUGUUUUCAUUAUUUUAAUGAAUAAAAUCUGAUUCUGAUUUAAUGUGCAUAUGUUAUAAGAUUUUCUGUAAAGUAAAACGUAUGAUUAAUAUGGUGUGUUAUAUGUAAAGUACCAAUAAAUAUAAUUUGUAGGUAUUCAUCGUUAUAAUGCUACAUAAUGGGCUUAAGUGCCAGCCUAUUGUAAAUUGUAAUCAUAAUUAAUUAUUAAAAUAUGAUCUGUGAUUUAACUCAAUCACCUCUAUACUUCUAAAAAGUUUAUGUAAAUGUUCGACUAAUUAGGUGUAUAAAAUGUGAAUACAGUUCUCCUUAAAUUAA